CGGUCCACUGCUCUGAGUCAUGUGCAAGUGGGAAGUUACACUGACACAGAGCCGGGCCAGAGGGAGCCGGGCUGAGCGCGGCGCCGGGCCGAGGGACUCGUAGUGCCGGCUGGGUGUAGAGCCCUCGGGCAUGGCAACUGUCCUGGGAGCUUGAGCCCGCCCGUCGUCCCGCCCUGGCCGGCCACUUAUAAUCCCGCCACCCACUCUGUCCCUGGGACCUCAGGGUGUUAGCGGAGAAGGAAGCAUGCUGGCCGCCUGCUGCGCGCUGCUGGUCGCCCUGCUCGCCGCGCCGGGGGCGGCGCUGACUCCCGGGAGUUGCCGCGCGCUGGAUGUGGCAAGUGAUGUGGUGACCAGCCUGCCAGGGGCCAGCGUCACCCUCACCUGCCCAGGGGAGGAACCAGCAGACAGUGGAGCUGUUCACUGGGUGCUUGCCAGCUCACAACACAGAAGAUCGGUUGGUGUGGGAAGGAGGCUGCUUCUGAGGUCAGUGCAGUUCAGCGACUCUGGGAACUAUUCCUGCUUCCUGGACAACCACCUGGCUGGGACUGUGCACCUGCUGGUGGAUGUUCCUCCUGAGAAACCCCAGAUCUCCUGCUUUCGGAAGAGUCUCCUCAGCAACGUUAUUUGCGAGUGGAGUCCUCAGAGAGCCCUGUCCCCGAUGACCAAGGCUGUGCUGUUGGUGAAGAAGUUAAAGAAAGUCCCGGCACAGGACUUCCAGGAGCCGUGCCAGUAUUCCCAGGAGUCGCAGAAGUUCUCCUGCCAGUUGCCAAUUCCAGAAGGAGACAAGUCUUACCACGCAGUGACCCUGUGUGUUGCUAAUGGUGUGGGAAGCAGAUCCAGCAGUGAGGAGGCGUUUGAGGGCUAUGGAAUCUUGCAGCCUGACCCACCCAUUGACAUCAUGGUCACUGCCAUGGCUGGAAAUCCCCGCUGGCUCAAUGUUACCUGGAAAAACCCCCACUCCUGGAACUCGAAUUUCUACAGGCUGCGAUUUGAGCUCCGAUACCGGGCCGAAUGGUCAAAGACGUUCACAACGUUGAUGGUUGAGGAUACUCAGCACCGCUGCAUCAUCCAUGAUGCCUUGCGAGGCAUGAGGCAUGUGGUACAGCUCCGGGCCCAGGAGGAGUUUGGGCUUGGUAUGUGGAGUGAGUGGAGCCGGCAGGUCACAGGCACUCCCUGGACAGAAUCCAGGAGUACUCCAGCUUUGAUCCCGGUGUCCCCCUUCACACAGGUGCCUACCAAUGAAGAGGAGGAUGGUUUCCGAAGGUAUUCGCCAAAAGCAACCACCCUCCCAGUGCAAGAUUCUUCUUCCACAUCACUGACCACAUUCUUGGCAGCUGGAGGAAGCCUGGCUUUUGGCACAUUCCUGUGCAUUGGCGUCGUCCUCAGGCUGAAGAAAACAUGGAAGUCACAGGCUCUGAAGGAAUGCAAGACCAGCAUACACUCUCCAUAUUCCUUGGGGCAGCCUAAGCCCACUAUCGUCUUCGUUCCUCUCCUUGCCCCACCAGUAUCUCCCAGCAGCACUGGGUCUGACAACACCUCGAGCUACAGCCAACCAGAUGCCAGGGACUCACGGAGCCCUUAUGACAUCAGCAACAGAAGCUACUUCUUCCCCAGAUAGCUGUCUGGGUGGCACUUGGCACUGCCAUUCCAGCUUAUCUCAGGGGUGGAGGUCUGCAGCAUCACUGCUGUAGAAGAAUAUUGCAGAAGAUUCUAUACGGAGUCAAAAUUCAUUUGCUGCAUCUGUUCUGAAGGAAGAGGUGGCUGAGUUCUCAAGCCUCCUUUCCCAAAUACUCUGGUUCAGGGGGUCAUGAGGAACUCAGGCCACCCUGAAGAGAGCUGUGUCAGGACUCAAUUGGUCACUGUGUGGAGGAGCUGCUGGUCACCCCCAUACCCCAAUAUAUCUCUACAAACUGCACCCUCAGUGAGGGGAUGGGAGUCCAGCCAAAGGCCACCCUGGUCACCUAUCUCCUGGCCCACCACAGAGCUGCACGUUCUACCUUGAACUCUUAACACCGUAGUGCUUUGCCAUUCUGUUUUAGUAGGCUGGAGAUGGCUUUUUGUAAGUUACCAAGGCUGGGGAGGAAGCUCUUUCCUGCCUUUCUUCACAGUUGAAAAACAGCUGGGGGGGUUGGGGUGCUGGUUGUGGUUGGUAGUGAGUAAUAUCUCAGGGCCUGAUAGUUUUAAAUGGAAUUAUAAUUAGUUCUUCAUUAGCAUUUUGCUAAAUGUGAAUUAUAACCCUAGGCAUUUGUAGAAGCAAUUGCACUGGCCUGAUUCUCCUCUUUGGAUCUCAGGACUUCAGGAAGAGGAAGAAGGGGAGUGGGAACAGUCUCUGUGGUCCCCCAUCAUAGCUGAGGAGGACCCUAGCCUCUGAAAACCGGUGUCCUUUGUUCUCCCAGCUUCCCCCAAUGGAGGGCUAGUGGGAGGGAGGGCUUCUGCCAGAGCCCAGAGCAAAACUGUUUUACACCAACUUUGUUGAUUCUGGUUUCAACUGGACCUGAGCAAGUAGGGCAGAUGAUAUUCAUGUGAAAGAAAAAUGAAUCUGGCAAGAAUGUACUUUUUUUUUUUAAACUGCUGACUAUUUUCUCUUGAGACACUGCAAGAUCCAGUAUUUGAUUCGAUGGGUGUCAGUGUAUAAAUCACUUAGGGGAAAAGCACAAAUAACUUCAUUUAGCAUAAGACCAGUCAAGUGAAAAAGGAGGAGGAGAAAAAAGUAGUUUCUGGUUUCAUUCUGUAUUUUGUUUUUGUCUAAAAAGGUACGAAAGUGAGGGCUAAGUGCAUGGCUCAAGUGGUAGAGCACCUGCCUAGCAAGUGCCAGGCCCUGUUCAAACCCCAGUACCACCAAAAAAACAAACAAAAAAAACUACUUUAGGGAAAAAGCAGUUUGUGAUGCUGCCCCAGGUGGUUGGGAAGAAGGAAAGACUGUCUUGCUUCCUGUUCUCAGGCCUCCCACCAGUACCAGGCAGGGUCCUGGAAAUUCUCCACCCCUAAGGUCAGGAGCCCUGUUAUCAGAGGGAAAGUUCAUUAGAAUUCCUCCCUUGGUGCCUUCUUUUCUCCCAGCCCCUUGAGUUGGAUUCAGUUCAGUUACAGGGUGGAAGGGCCCACAAGCGGCUGGCCACCACACUGACCAACCACCUCAGCUGACUCCUGUCGGUGUUCUGAGAAUUCAGACAGGUACCCACAAAGUAGAGCUCUGAUUAAAAUGAACGGUGCAACCACCUCAGACCCUGAAUUUACCAGACCACAAAACCUUUCUAGUAGUUUACCCUUUUAGAACCACACCUCCCCGCCUCCCAACACCAGACAGGUGGUAAAGGAUGAAAACCACUGUGGUUUAUUUGCUGUUUGCCAGGUUCAAGGCAUUGCUAUCUUAAGCAAGCAGUGAUUUUCAUUCUGACUCUGUCUGUACGUUGUAGGCCCUGUUGCCAACUUAGGCAACACAUGGUAAGUUGACAAAAGUCAAGCAGGUGUUCAUGGUUUCUUUUCAUUUUUUUCCCCUCUGUAAAGUUUCUUGAGAACAGCAAAAAUGCUGUGAAAGGGAAAUAUUAGGAAUGUGAAUCAUGAGAAUUUGUGUGAGAAAAGGUGAUUCUGGGCCCACGGUUCUUUAAUUCUUUGCCUUUACCCACAUGCUAUAUUACCAAAAGCCAGACAGAGCCGUGCUGGCGGAAGAUGUGAAAUCCAGAUAGCUCACUAUCUGUGAGAGCUAGGCAGCUUUGAUCUCCAAACUGUUAUUGCUUUCAUUAUUAUUGUAACGGA